CUGACCUGGGACUAUGCUCCCACAGAGGUCCGCCUAGUGGUUUGGUCCGACAUGGCCUACCGGACCUGCCCGAUUUCUGUCCGCCGCGGCUCCGCUGGCCCUUCGGCGCCGCCUCCUCCCUGUCCGCCGGGGGCUGUGGCGCUUUUGUGGGUGGGGAAAGGCAGGACUGACGCAGAGUCUGGCUGGAGUCUCUGCCCUCUCUUCCUCUCCUUUGGACUUCUGCACAGGUGCUGAGGAUUCAGCAGUAAAUAAGACAGCUGUGGUUCCAGUACCCCUGAAGAUUAGGGUCUGGUGGGGGAAGACAGUCAUUAACAAGCCAACACUUGAGUGAUGAGCGCCACAAAGAAGAAACACAGAUGACAACAACAACGCGACAAGAAGUUCUUGGCCUCUACCGCAAAAUUUUCAGGCUCGCAAGGAAAUGGCAGGCAGCAUCAGGGCAGAUGGAAGACACCAUUAAAGAAAAACAGUACAUAUUAAAUGAAGCCAGAACACUGUUCCAGAAAAACAAAAAUCUUACAGACAAAGACCUGAUUAAACAGUGUAUAGAUGAAUGCACAGCCAGGAUUGAAAUUGGACUGCAUUACCAGAUUCCUUAUCCAAGACCAAUUCAUCUGCCUCCAAUGGGCCUUACAUCACUGCAAGGCCGGGGACUUCGAAACCAGGAGAAACUGAGAAAACUUUCCAAACCAAUAUAUCUCAAGUCUCAUGAUGAAGUUUCGUAACCCAGAAGAAAGUUUAUUUCUGAGAAUGAGGAGCCAACUGGGUCUUGAAUGUAAACUAGAUGAUAAAAUAUGUCAAGAAUUCAAAUAUCUUCUCAGAACCUCCAUGAUUUCAGUACUUGCCCCAUGAUUUGUGCCCGCAUGUCCCUAGAGUUUGCCGGGGUCUUGCUGCCUGAGUAGAUGCCAUGAGCCCUCAAAGUCAUAGACCCUGCAUCCUCGCAAAAGUCACAUUUUGAAGCAAGACUGAGGACUGUAGGAGGAAGGCUGAAGGAUAACAGAGUUCUUCAUGCCAGUGCUGUUAGCCACGCAUGCCUGCUGAUAUGGAGUAAUUAGCCAUUUGCCAGAAGUUCUGAUGGCUACUGUGAAUCUAUAUACCACCGUUAGACUCGUUUAGCCUUUUAUUCCCCUCAGAUUUUAGAUUUGCUUAAAAGUAGGCUUUGGGAAGGGAGGGAUGAUGUUGCUUUUACUUUUUUUUUUUGACCCUUUUAAUUUCUAGAUAAAUGACCCUUAAAAAAAGUGCAUCAUUGGAUUGAUUAGUUUUUCAUGGACAUUUUAUAGGUGACUCAUUCUUUCAUAGAAGUUUUAUAGGAGACCCAUUGAUUAGUUUUUCAUGGAAAUUUUAUAGGAGACCCAUAGAAAUGGGUCUCCUAUACACACAUACAAAAAAAGGAAGUGCAUAUUUUAGUUGAAUACCUAUGUUUGCCUAAUUAGCCUAUGCAUCUUAUGAUGCUGAUAACUUGAAACUCAUACUAUAUUCAUUAUGAGUAUUUUGCCUUACCAUGAUUUUUGCAAAAGGACCAAACUGGCUCUCAAGUGAUAUCUAAACAGAAAUGAAAAAGUAGAGAUUAAAAUAACAAAUGAUUUAUACCUCUGCUUAGGUGGAGUCAAGUGAGAUUCCUGUGGCAUGGCAUUUGGCCAUCAGAGUCAUUCCCUUUGACCAACACAGAUGAGGGGCAUCACUAAUAAAGACAAAUGUCCAUCAA